AUGACUUCUCUCAACCUCCAAAGACCAGUCAACAAGCACUCCACUCCAAACAACUUCAACGACAACAUGCUCAGCCAGUCAUACCCCAUGAUGCCAUCACCGCUUAAAAUGCAUACCGUCCAUAUUGAGAACCGACCAAAUCCUGAACGUGUCGACAUUUCGCUUCCUCCAUCACCAACGCCAACACCAAACGAGACUCCGCUCACACAAUCAAGCCAGAGCGAUCAGGAGCCCCUGCAAAAGGUCACCAUGGAAGAGCAGCCUUCAGAGUCUCGAGCCCAACAAUCACCUCCAGCCAUUCCUCCUAAAAGCCCUCAUCGUGGUGCCAAAAAGACCAACUGGCUAUCUAGGCUUCUCAGCAGACUGAGUUGCUUGCACAGCGGCAGUCGCAAGAAGUUCGGAUCGAAGAAGGAUACCAAGCAGCCCAAGGACCGCAAAGUCAGAGACAGAUCUACGUAUACCAGAGGUAGCGGUGAUGGAGGCAGUUACGUCGAUCCUGGACCUAUGAUGAGCGCUGGCUUUGCGGCUUCGUCUCAUGGAGGAGGUACAGGUAUCGGUGGCUCUUCUAGAGACUGCGGCGGUGAUUCAGGCGAUUGUGGCGGCGGCUGCGAUUGUUAG